GAUCGUGAGGACGAAGCGUCGCCUGCGCACAACCGCAAUCACUUCGGCGAUGAUAAUGUGACACACAGCCUUGUUGGUGGUGCGCAUGCCUUCAUUCUGAGGAUAUCGAGUUUGUUCGGUUUGGCGCCGCUCCGAUUCGAGUCACUUGGCAGUGGGUUUUCAGUUCAAUUGUCGAAUGGCAUGUGUGUAUACAGCUAUAUACUUGUGACAAUAUUGGUGAUUGGCACAGUGUUCGGUCUGGUGGCCGAAAUAAACGUGGGCGUGCAGAAGUCGGUCCGGAUGACGUCAACGAUGGCACAGUUCGUGUCCACGUGUGAUGUCCUGGUGGUAGUGGUGACAGCAGGCGCAGGGGUCUACGGCGCACCCGCCAGAAUGAGGAACAUGCUGCGUUUCAUGGACAGUAUUGCCACGGUGGACAACACGAUCGGGGCUCAUUACUCCACCACGACUGAGCGCAAGCUCUGCGCUAUACUGCUGGCUAUUCUCAUCUUCUUCACUGUGCUGAUUGCUGAUGAUUUCUGCUUCUACGCGAUGCAAGCGAAGAAGAUCGAUCGUCAAUGGGAUGUCGUAACGAACUACAUCGGGUUCUACCUCCUGUGGUACGUGGUGAUUGUUCUUGAGCUGCAGUUUGCGUUCACGGCGCUGUCGGUGAGGGCCCGGUUUAAAGCUGUCAAUGAUGUGCUCACUAUCACCGCUAAACAGUUGAUGGUACCUGUGGAGAGGAUUGAAUCAACUCCCCCCAUGAACGUGUUCGCUGUUCGAGUGUCGGCCGAGAAUCGAACUCACAAUAUCAGCUUACUGGUGGACUCGCUGACCGCUCCACCUGAGAAAGGAAAUGUGGUCAUAAUAAAAAAGGGUGUGAAUGGCGUGCCGAAGCUAGUCGUGGCACCGUGUGAAGCUAUCCGCCGUCUGGCAAGUCUACACGGUGCUCUGUGCGACGUGGUGAACAGAAUAGACAGCAGCUAUGGUCUGCCGCUCAUCAUCAUACUUAUAUCUACGCUGCUGCAUUUGAUUGUGACUCCAUACUUCUUUAUUAUGGAACUGAUGAUAUCAACACAUCGGCUUCACUUCAUGGUGUUGCAGUUUCUGUGGAUUGCUAUUCACGUCCUUCGGAUGUUCGUCGUUGUGGAACCUUGUCAUUAUACCAUCACCGAGAGUAAAAGAACGGAGGAGUUGGUGUGUCGGCUUAUGACGUCAUCCUCGUCUACGGGAAUGUUGCCGUCUCGCCUCGAAUUGUUCUCCCGACAGCUGAUGUUACGAUCUAUCUGCUACUCACCUCUGGGAAUGUGCACACUCGGGAGACCAUUAGUCGCUUCCGUAUUUGGCGCUGUAACUACAUAUUUAGUUAUAUUGAUACAGUUCCAGAGAUAUGACUCUUAA